CCAUUGCGCUCUCCCUCCAGCACGGGUCGGCAGGAUAUGGGGCCCCGUGAUUCGCCGCCGUCGGAGCUGGGUGGAUCCGGCAAUGGAGCUAGAGCUGAUGUUGCUAGGAAGGCGAAGGAGGUGGAACGUAUGUUGGCAAAGUUAGAAGAAGCGGGAGUGGAGAUAGAUGACAAGAUAGCUAGUAUUAUUGAUGAUGAGGUAGCUAGAAUUAGAGCUGAAGCUGAGAGGGAGAAAAACAUCGAUGCACUAAAAGACAACGGCUUGCUGUUGGGUGGAUCCGGCAAUGGAGCUAGAGCUGAGGUUGAACAUAUGUUGGCAAAUUUAUUAGAAGAAGGAGUGGAGAUAGAUGGCAAGAUAGCUAGUAUUCUUGAUGAUGAGAUAGCUAGAAUUAAAGCUGAAGCUGAGAGGGAGAAAAACAUCAAUGGGCUAAAAAUCAACGGGUGUGUGAUACUGUACACUAUAUCAGUGAUUGCUAUUGGUUUCGUGCUUGGAGCGGACUUUGUUGAACAGUCCCUCCCUGCGCUCGUGGCCAAGGCUAUCAUUUUCGGUGACAGAAUACCCUAG